AUGCGUCUGGAAGACGUGUCUUCUGUGUCGUCCCUCCUCGCUACCCCUCCCCGGCCCCCCUUCCAUUCAACCUUAGCUGGGACAUUUCUGCUGACUGAUGUUACUAAGCUUUGUUUUGCUAAAGAUUUGUUGUUACUGUGUUGCAGCAAAAUCACUGAGAAUGCAAAGAAAUCCUUGGCCUCCCUUAGAAAGGAAAACCCUCGGCUUGUGCCAACACUUGCCAUUAUUCAGGCACAUAACGAUCAAUUGAUUCAAGAAAUAAACAAGAACUUUGCCAAAGAGGUUGGUCUACGUGUUGUUCACAUCUGUCUCCCUGAAGGCAGCAGCAAGGAUGAGAUUGUCAAUGAAGUCUUGAGACUUAAUGAGGAUCCUAAUGUGCACGGCCUUGCCCUUGACCUCCCAGAAAGCUUAUAUAGCAGUAAGGUAUUAAAUGCUGUGAAACCAGAGAAGGAUGUGGAUGGGUUAUCCGAUGUAAACCUAGGACGGCUGGUACGUGGCGAUGCCAAUGACUGUCUAGCUCCUCCUACAGCGUGUGCUGUUGUGGAGCUUCUUGAAGAUUUAGGUGGAAAGACGGUGCUGCUGGUGGGAGCUGGCGGGGCAGUGGAGGCGGCCUUGCAGUGCAUGCUGCAGAGGAAGGGAGCAGCCACCCUCAGCUGCAGCUGGAAAGACCCUCUGCUGCCAAACAAGCUUCGUCACGUGGAUGUGGUGGUAACUUGCAGUAGAAAACCUGAUGAUGUUCCCAUGACCUGGAUAAAGCCUGGAACCACCAUUAUCAGUUGUUCUCCUGACUUACUGUCAGAGAAACACAACUACGGUCGGCAAAACAACCAUGCUGCUGAAAACACGGUUGGGUAUCUUGCAAUAGCAAUGCGAAUGCAGAACAUGGUAAAAAACACAGAGCAGUGGAUCCAGUCCCAGCAGUACAGGAAGUGGGACCUUCGCUGCUUGAAACUGCAGCCCCUCUCCCCAGUGCCCAGUGAUAUUGAGAUUUCCCGAGCACAGAGUCCAAAAGCUGUUGAUGUACUUGCCAAGGAGAUAGGAUUGCUUACAGAUGAAGUUGAGAUCUAUGGCCAAACCAAAGCCAAAGUACGUUUGUCCCUGCUGGAAAGGUUAAAGAAUCAACCAGAUGGAAAAUAUGUUCUGGUUGCUGGAAUAACCCCUACGCCUCUAGGAGAGGGGAAAAGCACAGUCACAGUCGGUCUCGUUCAGGCACUUACUGCACACCUUAACAUUAAUUCCUUUGCUUGUCUGAGACAACCUUCCCAAGGACCUACUUUUGGAGUUAAAGGUGGAGCAGCCGGUGGUGGAUACGCUCAGGUGAUUCCUAUGGAAGAGUUCAAUCUUCACUUGACUGGAGACAUUCAUGCUAUAACUGCUGCAAAUAAUUUGCUGGCUGCUGCUAUUGAUGCUAGGAUCUUGCAUGAAAACACUCAGUCUGAUAAGGCUUUAUAUAAUAGACUGGUUCCAGUAGUUAAUGGCUUGAGAGGAUUUUCUGCUAUUCAGCUUGCGCGUCUCAGAAGGCUGGGAAUAAACAAGACUGAUCCUGGGACUUUAACAGAAGAGGAGAUCAGCAAAUUUGUGCGCCUUGAUAUUGACCCAUCUACCAUAACAUGGCAAAGAGUUGUGGAUACAAAUGACAGAUUCCUGCGCAAAAUAACAAUUGGGCAGGCAAAUACAGAGAGAGGAUUUGUCCGUCAGGCUCAGUUUGACAUAGCUGUUGCGAGUGAAAUUAUGGCCAUCCUGGCACUUACCACCAGCCUGCAAGAUAUGAAGGAGAGGCUAGGGAAAAUGGUGGUGGCUAAUGACAAAAAAGGAGAACCUGUAACAGCAGAGGAUUUGGGAGUAACAGGGGCUUUGGCAGUUUUGAUGAAAGAUGCAAUUAAGCCUACACUAAUGCAGACAUUAGAGGGAACACCUGUGUUUGUUCAUGCUGGACCUUUUGCUAACAUUGCACAUGGAAAUUCUUCUGUUUUAGCAGAUAAAAUUGCCCUUAAAUUAGUUGGAGAGAAAGGAUUUGUAGUGACUGAAGCUGGCUUUGGUGCUGACAUUGGGAUGGAGAAAUUCUUCAACAUCAAAUGCAGAGCCUCUAGCUUGGUUCCCAGUGUGGUUGUACUUGUUGCUACAGUGAGGGCUUUGAAGAUGCAUGGAGGUGGGCCAAAUGUAACUGCUGGUGCCCCUUUGAAGAAGGAAUACACAGAAGAGAACCUCCAGCUGGUAGCUGAUGGCUGCUGUAAUCUACAGAAACAGAUUCAAAUUACUCAGCUCUUUGGAGUUCCUGUUGUCGUUGCUCUAAAUGUCUUCAAAACUGACUCGCCUGCUGAGGUUGAUCUAGUGUGUGAGAUUGCAAAGCAAUCUGGAGCAGUUGAUGCUGUACCUUGCAACCACUGGUCGGCUGGUGGUAGAGGAGCAGUAAAAUUAGCUCAAGCUGUGGAAAAGGCAGCCAAUCAGAAAAACAGUUUCAAAUAUCUCUACAACUUGGAGCUUCCUAUUGUUGAAAAAAUAAGAAUCAUUGCUCAGAAGGUGUAUGGAGCUCAGGAUAUAGAGUUGUCUCCCACUGCACAGUCACAAAUUGAUUGUUACACCCGGCAGGGAUUUGGAAAUCUUCCCAUUUGUAUGGCAAAAACUCACCUAUCCCUCUCCCAUCAGCCUGAGAGGAAGGGUGUUCCCACCGGUUUCGUUCUGCCAAUUAGCGACGUGCGAGCCAGUAUUGGAGCUGGAUUCAUCUACCCUUUGGUAGGAACGAUGAGCAUCAUGCCAGGACUGCCCACGAGGCCUUGCUUUUAUGACAUUGACCUCAACCCCAUCACAGAAGAAGUUAAAGGAUUGUUUUGA